AUGAUAGAUCUUGAGCGCGCCAUCCAACAUGGCCUACCGGAUAUCGAAGGAUUACCUCCUUCGGUUAAAGUCUAUCACUACAACGGUAUGGAUGAUUUUUACCGGAUAAUCGCCCUUGAGAUUGAUCGUCUCCAUGCUUGUUCCGGAGCACCGAAGACAAAAGAGCAGACAAGUGCAAGUUGCGAAGGACGAAAAGAAAAUUCGAAUCCGCUGCCACUGAUCGAUGGCACUCUUCGUACCUUCACCGGAGGUAUACUUUUAGGUGACUGUUGCCGUCCGAAUUUCCCGGGCGACAGUCGGAACUCCCAUAACAAAGACGAAAGCGAAGACUUGAUUUUCAUCAUUCAUCCUACCACCUUCCAAAAAGACUUCAUGGAGUCAGAUCCUCCCGUACGUCAAAAAAUAUUCUUCAGUCCAAGAACAAACAUCCUCAUCGUUAAGAUGCUCGGCCCUGCGCACGAACACGCCACACAGGCUUUCCACAGCAUGCUUAUGCAGGCCAUUGAGCCAACGGGCCUCCACCAAAAAAUUCAACAUUGGGGAAAGACAACGAUGCUCGCGCUAGAUGGUACAAGGAAGGAGGCCGACGGGGGGUGGAGUCUACUGAGACACUCUCGCGGUGUUCCUAAGAGACCCACGGUGGUUUUAGAGGUUGCGAAUUCGGAAACCUAUGCAAAGCUUCAACGUGAUGCCCAGUACUGGUUGGAUCCAGCUAGGCAGGAGGCCAAUGUGGCUAUCGGAGUGAAUCUCAAUACCCAGAAACCCGAGAUCAUUAUCGACCAGUGGCAUUGGAGUUCGGGAUUAUCACAACCUAUCCUGCAAACCCACUUGACCCUUCGGGAAACAUCUAAUGGUACAGUCUACUUUGAUCCUGACACUCCGCUACCUCAGCUCAUCAUCCCUUUUCACCUCUUUUUUCGACGGCCAGCGCAGGAGAACAGAGAACGCGACAUAGUCAUUGCGACGCAAGAGCUCGUCGAUUUCGCGACUCAGGUGUGGGAGGUGCAAUUCGACCAAGAUCAGUGA